UCAUUAGAGGAACAUAGUGAUACAGAGAGGAGGGGAGGGCAAAGGAAGAAGAGGGUGACAUAUUUCCAGCAGGGGAACUUAUCAGCUAAGGAGUGUUCAUUCAACCUCCCUUGACUUGUUACCUGAGGCCCAUACACACAUUCAGAGAGAGGUGCGGAGGAGGGGAUUAAACAUUUUCAUUUUGCCGUGAAGAAACAGGAUUACAGCUUGUACACUUUUUGGACGUUGGAUACAAUCCUCCUGAGUUGUUGGUCUCAGAUAGAAAGGCAUGGCACAGGGACAAAAGAGCCCCAGGUGGGCAUUAACCCAGCGCCCCUUCUACUUGGCACUGGGCCUGUGGCUCCUCUCCCUCCUCCACCUCCUCCUCAGCGUCUCGGCCGCAGACGAGUACGACUACUACAGCUGGCAGUCGGACAACUUCCACAACGGGCGCUUCUACACCAAGCAGCCCCAGUGUGUGGACAUACCGGCCGACCUGCGCCUAUGUCACAACGUGGGCUACAAGAAGAUGAGGCUGCCCAACCUGCUCGACCACGAGACCAUGCCGGAGGUCAAGCAGCAGGCGGGUAGCUGGGUGCCGCUCCUGGCUAAACGGUGCCACGCUGACACCCAGGUCUUCUUGUGCUCGCUGUUUGCACCCGUAUGCCUGGACCGGCCCAUCUACCCGUGCCGUUCGCUGUGCGAGGCCGUGAGGGACAGCUGCGCUCCCGUGAUGGAGACUUACGGCUUCCCUUGGCCGGAGAUGCUGACAUGCGAUAAGUUCCCCAUUGACAACGACCUCUGCAUCCCGAUGCAGUUCACUGGCAACCACGCCACCCAGCCGCCAGUGUCAAAGGUGUGCCCGCCGUGUGACAAUGAGCUGAAAGCAGACAACAUCAUGGAGCAUUACUGCGCCAGCGACUUUGUCCUCAAGAUGAGAAUCAAGGAGGUGAAGAAGGAGAAAGGUGACAGGAAGCUGAUUGCGGCCCAGAAGAAGAAGAAAGUGCUGAAACAAGGCGUGCUGCGGAAAAAGGAUCUGAAGAAGCUGGUACUGUACAUCAAGAACGGCGCCAACUGCCCAUGCUCGCAGCUGGACACCCUGGGCUCCAACUUCCUCAUCAUGGGCCGCAAAGUGGACCAGCAGCUGCUGCUCAUGUCCAUCCACAAAUGGGACAAGAAGAGCAAGGAGCUCAAGUUUGCCAUCAAGUACAUGAAGUCCCAUCAGUGUCCAACCUACCACACUGUGUUCCAGUGAUGCAACUCACCGUCCUGUUUGUAGAAUCCAUUAUUACGCCACACAUUCUUGAUUUAUUUCCAAAUAUUCCACCAUAACCCCGGAAAACACGGUCUAAAGAGUGUCUAUAGGGUGAUAAAGCUUUUAUUUGCUCUGUUUUAACAUAAUGGGAAAGAGGUUACAUCUUUUUUGUAUCAUGUAGUGGAGGAGCCUGUUCUCAUGACAAUUUAGUAGGACUUUAGUGUAACUAGUGGACCUGGAGAAGCUUUAUUUUUCUAUUCAUGGAUUUUAUAUAAACAAACCUCCCUGUAAGACCUCUAAAGCUGGACGAACACAGUGCCAUUUUUGCCCAAUUCUGUCUGUAUGGAUAGUAUUUGUAUGUAACGUUUCCGUACAACAUUUUCGUGAUAUAUCUAGGAUGCCUUAGUGUUGGAUUCGUCACAAACACACAUAGAUUGCUGUGCUGGAACUACAGCGUUCCCUCGUUUAUCGCGGGGGAUAGGUUGCCAAAAUAGCCCGCAACAAAGUAGCCAACUUCAUUUUUUUGUACAAUGAUUAUAUAUGUUUUAAGGCUGUAAACCCCCUCGCCAUACACUUUAUACACUUUUCUCAGACAGCCAAUAACAUUUUACAACAUUUCUCUCUCGUUUAAACACUUUCAAAAAAGUUCUAACCUUCAUUUGAAUUUUAAUGAUCAACCUACAGGUCGGACACAAGAAAUUAUGAAGUCACUCACGCGUAUUUCACUCCCGUGGCCGUGCCUGUCCGUCCUGGCGUCGUUCUGCGGUACUGUAGCGUUUUUGUAUGCUUGUUAAAACAUAUUGCUGCAGUACUCCUCCUGUUGCAGUCCUCCUGCAACAAGCUAGCAAGCUAGCGAUGACACAGGAGACACGGUAUGAAGGAGAUUGAUUGACAAUGGUCUACAGCCAGUCAGGAUGCAGAAAACAAUAAGCGGUGCAGACAGACGAGAGAGGGAAGAGAGAGACAGUCAACUUCCCACAAUGCAAUUCUUCUUAAAGGACCAGACUUGCCCUGUAACAGUGUUCAUACGCUGUAAUAAAAAAAAACACUAAAAAAAUUCAGCAAAAGGUGUUUUUUUUUGUACUAUUUCUUACUGAAUUACCAUGAGAACGCGUACAUUAUCUUACAGCGGCUUAUGCAAAUAGCAGCAGUGACAAAUAGGAGCUUUAAUAUUCAAAAUUGCAGGUGAAAUCAUGUUUAAUUAUGUAACGAUUAUUGAGGGAGGUUAUUUUUUUGAAAAUGCAGAGGAGUGAUGUGCUAAAUGUGGACUGUGCAAUGGGCCGCUGCAGCUCAAACGUCCCAGGAAGAACCUCAAAGUAGUCGUAGACGUAAUAAUGCAAGCGUUAGGUAAUUCCCUCGCAUAGAUGAUUAGGAAACCUUUUUUCCCCGUUGGGAAAGAAGAAUCGCCAAGGAGGAAGAUGAAGCGCUGAGAUGACUGGAUGAUGUUGCCACUGACUUUAGAAAAGGAAACUUCCACAUUUUUCAAAUGGAAGAGAGAAAGAAGAAAGUUCCUUAGAAGAAGCCAAGUAAAGAGACUCUGGACGGAGCACAAUGUCACCGGUACUCAUUGUUUUUUGUUUUGUUUUUUAAUAGCUUCUGUCUUUAAAUGUUUCCUUUUUUGUACUUUCAUGUUUUGAUUUGCUUCUGUGCUAUGAAAGCAGAACUCCUACUUAAAUACACAUACCGUACAUAGAAACCAAAUCCACUGUUCUUGUAGCAAUAACAGAUUCAAUUUAACCUUGACUAUAUUUUUUUAAUCACUUAACCUGUAAGUAGUUCUGUUACUUUGGUUUGCAAAAUGUAAAUGAAUAAAGUAUAUUUGAAAU